AUGGAUAUGAAUUAUGUGCAGAAUGAAAGAGAGAAAAGAUGUUCUCACUCCUCCAAUGCUGGUGGUAGAAAAACAGUUCAAAGGAUUUUGACAGCAUGCGCCGUCUCCCUCUGCAGCCUUCUCGGAGCCAUUUCUUUUGAUUUGAGCAACAACUUGGGAAUAUGGAGAGACACAGAAAAGGCCAUUCAGGAACUUGCCUCCUGUGAAAACCUUUGGGCUGUUCACCUCAUCUCUCUCCUGCAGGAAGAAAGGCGCAGUUGGCUGGUCCCAGAAGCAAGUAAGAGGAACACCUCAUUUCAUGCUGAUCAGCUACUGGAGAAUAUAAACUCCCUCUGUAAGGCAAGCGAAGCAGAACUGUACUGUGAGAAUUGUCGAUGCAAGAAGGAGAAAAUCUCCAUCUGUAGGUUUUACAUCACUGACGUGAGACAAAAAAUCAAUAGUACAGGUGAUACUGAAGCCACCCAGGUGCUAUCCAGAGUGAUCUCUGAACUGCUGGAGCUUUUUAGUAGUCCCCAUGAAAACCUCAAAGCUAUGAGAUACAAUCCUGACUGGGCAGACGUAGCAGCUUUUAAACUCAUCCUUCUAAUAAGAGAAGCCCUGCUUAAAGCUCACUUAAUGCCGGUAUCUACAAGUUUCCAAACCACUUUGCAUCAACUUUCCACCAUUCUGAACUAUGCUAUCUUCUCGUCAGAGAAUGUACAUAAGUGCUGGAUGGAUAACUUCAAUCUCUCAUUUCAUUUCACUCACUACGAAGGGAUCUCUUUUACCAUCCCAUUCCUGCACACAGAUGAAUUUGUCUCCAUUGAAGCCUUGUUAAAUGGACUCCUUUACGUGCAGAGCUGCCUGCUGCAGAAGGGACAGGAAAAGCUUGUCAAGAAAUCUACAGAAAUCCUGUUCACAAUGAGCCUUAAGAUCAGCCUGCUAGUGAUGGCCUGCCUCGUUUACCCCAUAAUCCUUAUAUCCUUCAAGCAAAUGAUGGAAUGGAUACACAACUACGCCAGAAACCUCAAGGAAAAGACACAAGACUUGAAACGGGAGAGGCAGCUAGCUGAGGACCUCUUGCACCAGAUGUUGCCAAAAUCUGUGGCCAAGCAGUUAAGGAAAAGGCAAAAAGUUGAGGCAGAAAACUAUGAUCAGGUGACUAUCUUUUUCUCAGACAUCGUGGGGUUCACAAGCAUUGCUGCCUCCUGCACGCCCUUGCAAGUUGUUGAGAUGCUCAACAAUCUCUACGUCUGCUUUGACAGCAGGAUCGAGUCUUACGAUGUUUAUAAGGUGGAGACCAUUGGCGAUGCCUACAUGGUGGUGAGCGGCCUGCCGGAGAGGAACGGCACUAAACACGCUGAUGAGAUUGCCAAAAUGUCUCUGGAUCUGGUGGCAGCAGUUCGUCAAGUCGUGAUCCCUCAUAUGCCAACAGGCAGGCUGCAGCUGCGGGCUGGGAUACACACAGGACCCUGCGUAGCUGGAGUUGUGGGGUACAAAAUGCCUCGCUAUUGCCUGUUUGGGGACACGGUAAACACAGCCUCCCGCAUGGAGUCCACCAGCUUGCCGCAGAAGAUCCACAUCAGUUCCGCUACAUACAACGCCCUUCUCACAGAUGAUGCAUAUGAAAUUGAACUGAGAGGAGAAAUUGAUGUCAAGGGCAAAGGGAAAAUGAAAACCUACUGGCUCCUCGGUAACAAGAACUAUAGCGUCCAAAAUGACAGCCUGGUGUGUCACUGGAAUCCAGCAAUUUCGAAGAAAAAGAAGAUGGAAAGUAGCCGUGGAUCCGUCCAACAACUUAGUACAGGCACUGUGGGAGCAGUACUGACCGACCAGAGCCCUGUAAUGUCCUGGGAUGAGCAGAGCCCUGACAGUCACCCUCGAGGGAGUUCCAGACCAGCCUGGACCCCUGACAGUGCAACCCCUGACACAAGCUGGAAGCAGAAGAAUGGCUUUUACCAAAGCCAGAACAUACAGGGGAAUCUUGCUUCAUUGAGCUCUCCUGCCUUGGGGAAAGGUGGCAAAGGUGCCAAGGUAGAACACAGGGCACAGCUUGGAGACAACAAUAUUAAAGUAACAGGAAAAAAAGAGUUUCUCCCAGGCUUUGUAGCUGAGAUGUGACAGGGUAAGAAAUGACAUAUGCUGGGGAACUCAACUGCCCCAGGCAGACAAGUUUGUUUUAAAUAUUAGCUUUUGUUCUUAGCUACAACUCACAUUUUUAACUAGUUUACAUGAGCAACUAAGACACCAGUAGAAAUAUAG